UGAAGUUCAUGAUUGUAUGUUGGGUCUGUGAUAGCAUGAGCCACUCUGGGGUGAUGUUGAUGAUUUAAGUACAUUGCUGUGGGUAAUGUAGUGUAGUAUCUCAGUGCUCUCAAUCUUAUUUCACAAAUCCAUUAACAUUUCAUAAAAAAAGGUAGGUUUGCCUAAGAGGAGAUAACUGAUACGUGCUUUGAAUGUGCUUGGCUUCAAAUUUAUUUGUAAAAGAAGUCUCUUUUACUACUUGAGUGCUGAUUCUGCUUGUGUACCUGUGUCCCCUUUUUGAGACUUAACAUGAACUGACUUUCUGUUGCAUUAAAUUGUGUAUUUCAUUAGAGGCUGUCUAAUGCCAUGCUUAAAAAUACAAUUCUUUGGGCUCUUAGAAGUGUAUAGAUACUUUAGAAGUAGUAGGAAUACAUGCCCCUUUCCUACUUUUUAUUCAAUACUGAAGUUUCUGUUUACUUGAAAGUGUUAUGGGGCCAAAAAAGGGAGAAAGGAGGCUGACGGAAGAUAGUGCUUCACUGUAAAUACUAACCUCUUUGUGUUGAAAAUGAAUGAGAUAUGAUCAUGCCAUAUAACAGAUAUGUGGGACUUGUUCUUUGUUCCAGUGUUUUUGGGCCCCUGUUUUUACUUUACGAGAAUUUCAGAAGUGACCUUCUGGAAGACAAUCUAUGUGGCUUGUGUUUUGCACCAAGAGGUGCUGGUCCGUGAUGAUCUCAGUAAGAAAGUUUAAAAAGAAUUAAAGGGGUGAGAACACAAGCUGAAAAUAAAUCCAUGAUCUGGGAAAGCUACUACAGCUUGGCUGCAGGUUUAUCUUAAUCUGUCUUCAAGAGUUUAACCCUCAAAAUAGUCGACUUGGUUUCUCCCUUCCAUCCACUAUUGAGAAUUAGGCUCAAGUAACUUCAUGUACUUGGGCAGACCUUGCUGAUGUGAUUCAUUAUCAUAUGGCCUACAGGAGUGUUUUGUAGCCAUCCUGUCCUCCUUCAGCUGCUUUCCCUUGAGUGGGCCUGAAUGAAGACAAAUGUAAAGAUGGCAUGUCCAAGGAAUUUUAAAAGGUGUAGACCUCCUGACUGAGCAGUGCUGCAUACUUUAUUCUCUUUAAUUAGUAAACUGCUGUUCUCUCACAGGUGAAAGUCAUGAUCACGCUAACAGAACUCAAAUACUUAGCAGAUGCCCAGUCAUCCUACCACAUACUAAAACCAUGGUGGGAUGUCUUCUGGUAUUACCUCACCAUGAUAAUGCUGCUAGUUGCUGUGCUCGCUGGGGCUCUCCAGCUUACUCAAACCAGAGUAUUGUGUUGUCUUCCUUGCAAGCUAGAAUUUGACAAUCAUUGUGCCGUGCCUUGGGAUUUACUUAAAGCCAACCUUAACAUGUCGGCUAGCUCUACAGCACAGAUAAUCAUCCCGCUUAAAAUCCAGAAUGAUCUCCAUCGGCAGCAGUAUUCCUAUAUUGAUGCAGUAUGUUAUGAGAGACAGCUUCACUGGUUUGCCAAAUUUUUUCCAUACCUAGUGCUUCUACAUACCUUUAUUUUUGCAGCUUGCAGUAAUUUCUGGCUUUACUACCCUAGUACAAGUUCCAGGCUUGAGCACUUUGUAGCCAUUCUUCAGAAGUGUUUUGAUUCUCCAUGGACAACGCGCGCCCUCUCAGAAACAGUUGCUGAGCAGUCUGUGAGGAAGUUGCCAAUAGCCAAAUCAAAAGCAGUGAUUUCAUCACCUGGGAGUUCAGUAGAUAUAGGGGCCAGCAGACAGUCCCUGCCUUAUUCGCAACCUGGCUUGGAAACAGCUGGAAGAGAAAAUUCCUCAAGUGUUCUUGACAAAAAAGAAGGGGAACAAGCUAAAGCUAUAUUUGAAAAAGUGAAGAAAUUCAGAGUACAUGUUGAAGAGAAGGAUGUCAUAUAUACAGUGUAUAUGAAACAGAUUAUAGUGAAAGUCAUUGUAUUUGUAAUAAUAAUAAUUUAUGUCCCCUACUAUUUAUCAUUUAUUACACUUGAAAUUGAUUGUGUAGUUAAUGUUCAAGCCUUUACGGGCUACAAAAGGUACCAGUGCGUUUAUUCACUAGCAGAAAUUUUUAAAGUUUUGGCUUCGUUUUAUGUUGUUUUAGUGAUCUUCUAUGGGUUAACUUGUACUUAUAGUUUGUGGUGGAUGUUAAGAAGUUCACUUAAGCAAUAUUCUUUUGAGAAGUUGAGAGAGAGAAGUAAUUACAGUGACAUACCUGAUGUAAAGAAUGACUUUGCAUUUAUUCUCCACUUGGCAGAUCAGUAUGAUCCUCUCUAUUCCCAACGAUUCUCAAUAUUCCUGUCUGAUUUGAGUGAAAACAAACUGAAACAAAUAAAUCUUAACAAUGAAUGGUCAGUGGAAAAACUGAAAAAUAAACUAGUAAAAAAUUCCCAAGACAAGAUUGAACUUCACCUUUUCAUGUUAAAUGGUCUUCCAGACAGUGUCUUUGAAUUGACAGAAGUAGAAGUCCUAAGCCUGGAACUUAUCCCUGAAGCCAAACUUCCUUCAGCUGUGACCCAGCUAGUCAAUCUCAAAGAACUCAAUGUUUAUCAUUCAUCACUAACGAUGGAUUAUCCAGCAGUCAGCUUUUUAGAAGAAAAUCUGAAAACAUUGCGCCUGAAAUCUAGUGAGAUGGGAAGAAUUCCGUUUUGGGUCUUUCAUUUAAAAAACCUAGAAGAAUUGUGCUUAACAGGAUAUUUCAUGCUAGAUCAUCACAACUCCAUAUACAACGAAAGCUUUCAGGGGCUAAAAAAUCUGAGAUCAAUUCACUUAAAAAACAACCUUUCCCGCAUACCUCAAGUGGUUACAGAUCUUAUGCCUUCUUUACAACACUUGUCUAUCAACAAUGAGGGAAAUAAACUGAUAGUGCUAAAUAACCUGAAGAAGCUGGUAAACCUGAGAACCUUGGAAUUAAUCUGCUGUGAUUUAGAGCGCAUCCCCCAUUCCAUUUUUACCCUAAACAAUUUGCAUGAAAUUGACUUAAAAGAAAAUAAUCUCAGAACAGUGGAAGAAAUAAUUAGUUUUCAACAUCUUAAGAACCUUUCUUGCUUAAAAUUGUGGCACAACAGUAUUUCAUAUGUCCCAGUGCAGAUUGGUGCACUAUCAAACCUGGAACAAUUGUAUCUAAAUUAUAAUAAUAUUAAAAAUGUUCCAUUGCAGCUAUUUCUUUGUAAAAAAUUACACUAUCUGGAUCUUAGCUAUAAUAAGCUAACCUCCAUCCCUGAAGAAAUCGGUUAUCUGACCAAUCUGCAGUACUUGGCUUUGACAAAAAACCAUAUUGAAAUGCUGCCUGAUGGAUUGUUUCAGUGCAGAAAGCUGCAAUUUCUUCUUCUGGGGAAUAACAGUCUGAUGAAUUUGUCCCCUUGUGUGGGUCAGCUACUGAACCUUGUUCAAUUAGAGCUCAUUGGAAACUAUCUUGAAUCACUUCCUGCUGAACUGGAAGAAUGUCAGUUCUUAAAGCGGAAUAGUCUAAUUGUAGAAGAAAGGUUGUUAAAAACACUUCCACCUCGUGUAAGAGAGCGUUUGCAGACAUGCUCAGAUAAGUGCUAAGUUUAAAAUUAAAUUCUUCAUUGCAUUCUAUAAUCCUUUUGCUUAAUAUCUCUCUAAAGAUCUGUAUAGGUGGAGAGUAGUAAAGGAGAGAUAACGAUAUAUAAAUCAGUCUUAAAUGCAUUGAACUGAGUUGAUUGUAUUGGAAGAGAAAAAUUUUAUUUAGAUUUGAACAAAAAAUGCAGCCUUUAACAUGUAAUCAUAUGUUUGAAAAAUCUGAAAUAUGAAUUGUUGGUUGAGUUCUACUGGUUGAAACAAUUCAAUUAAAUGUUUAUGAUGGUAUUGAAAUGGAAGAGUUGAUUGCCUGGCUAUAGUGAGAGUGUACAUACUUUUUUUUUUUUCCUAUGGGAAUUUUUCCCAAUGAUAGUGAUAAUUUUAAACAGUUUCAUCUCCUGCCAUAUGAGGUCUAAGAACUGUCUGGAAUUAGUUUCUAAAUAUGAACUCUUCACUAACUUAGAAUGUGUUAAAUUAAGAGUUUAAACUAUUUGAGCAGUUCAAUUGCAUGAGGUAUACUGAAAGUAAUUUUUCAACAUACCUUAAUUUUUAAAGCUUUUGACAAGUACUGGGCAUUAAUUCUAUAAUUGUGGAAGAUGCCAUUUGAAUCUUGCUAUUAAAACCAGUUGGACACUAAUGCCUGAAACCAGUUUCAGUAUUUUGUCUUAAAAAUAGUAAAUACAAAAUGAAUUGUUGUCUAGAAAUUGGGAGGAAUCAGAAGAAUCUGGAGUAACUGUUGUGCGCAUGUACUAGACAACAAAUCUUAUAGUACUGAUCUUCAUAGAUAAUGGUGGCAAAUGGAACAUGAUAUAGUUGCAAAGUUGUCUUCUGUAUGUUGUGAGCAUCCUGGGUGUUAGUGUAGUGCAUGUUGCUGUUUAAUAUUUUUAUAACUUCUCAUUACUGACUGCCUCAGUGCUGCUUCUGCACACCCAGUUACUGUAUUUUGGUGGCUGGGGAGAGGAUGAAGGGGGCUUGUAUUGGAUAAGGACAGAAAGACACAGUUAAAACAAACCAAAUAAUCACACAGCUUAUAAGCACUUGGGACGGAAAAACAGGAAGCAUUAUAAGCUUUGCCUCUUCUAGGGAUGUAAUAAUUUCAUAAAUUAUAGUGCUGGAAUGAGCUCUUAUGCCAUCCUUAAUACUUGCAAUACUGGAUGGAAAUAAAAUGGUUCCUGACUUCA